GUUUUGUUUUUCCUGCAUUCCUCAACCUCCUGCCUCGUGCUCGUGGAAUGUGAAUGUGGUUACUGAAUUACUGAUUCUUUGUGAUCUCGUGAACGUGAAUUGCUGAAACCCGUGAAAUUGUACCAAGCGUAAGCAGAUUUAAUGCCAGAAUUUUGACUAUUGUCCACCUCAAGUAUCCAGAAGCAUAGAAGAAUAUUAUUCUGACCUAACCUGGAUUCCUUCAAGUAUGGCAAGUAAGAAAUCAGAUCUUCGAAAACCCCGCAGCUCUCAGCCAAAAAAAAAGCAGCUUCCAAAAUCUCAGGAUUCUCAAGCAACCGGUGGCAGCUCAAGAGAUGGACAAACUGAAGGGGAGGAAAUGAAACAUCCGGAUUAUUUUGCAGAGUAUUUUCCACCAUUGGUGCAUGCCAUCAAAGCAUGCAUCACUGAAACUGGCUUAAAUACAAUCGAUGUUGGAAACCUGGGCUUGGAAACCGCGCAAAUGAAAACUAUCUUCAAUCUUCUUCCAGAUUCACAGGUAACAGAAUUCAAAGCUGAAAAUUCCAAUCUCCAGUGGGGAAUGCCAGAUUUCAUCAAAGAGCUGGAACAUUCGAAGGUGAAUAAGUUGAGUUUCAGAGGCUGCCAGCUCAGAGUCUUGGACAUUUUAGUCUUGAUGGAGGCGCUGAAAAACACGCAGGUAACAAACUUAGACCUGACACAAGUUUCGUUCUCAGAGGCCUAUCUCGAGUCUUCAGCAAAGGCGCUUUUUGAGCACAUCAUCAAUUCAAAACUGACGCACCUCAGGUUGACAGGUAGCUCGCUCCUAACCAGCCAAGGUGGCCAUUAUCUAGCCUCUGUUUUGCCUCAAACUUCAAUCUCUCAUCUUUGGAUUGAUCAAACUGGCAUAGGAAGUAUUGAAGGCCACAGCACUGGCACUCCACUGUUUGAGUUGUUUACUAAUUUACCCAAAACAUCACUCACUGAAUUGUAUCUGUGCUGUAAUGAUAUUGAAGAUGAACACCUAAGACCUUUGAUCGAGACCUUAAGAUGGUCCAAAUUGGAAAAGCUGUAUCUCUCUGAGAAUAAAAUAUCGGACAUUGGGGUGACUAUCUUGUCAAGAGCUUUGGUUUUUUCUAAACUGAAAGAGCUGAACUUGACAAAAAAUGACUCUGUUGGAACAAAUAUUCUUGGAAGUUGUCUGAAGGACUCGUACCUCUCUGUACUACAUUUUGCUCAAAAUACAAUAUGCGAUUAUGCCAUGUUCUCUCUACCUGACUUCCUGAAAAAUACAUCUUUAACUGAAUUAAAUCUCCAUCAGUGUAAUCUAGCUGAUAAAAUGGGUCAGGACCUCAUGAAAUGUCUGAAAUCUUCAAAAGUGACAAAAAUAACUCUAAGUAAAAAUUAUUUAGGGUCACCAACCGUAUCAGAAUUUACAAACAUUAUCAAAGAAACAGAAAUCAAGGAGGUUGACUUUUCUGAAAACAACUUUUCUGCAGAAACGAUGUUGAUCCUCAGCGGAGGAAUCAAAGGUUCAAAGCUCGAACGGCUAGUGUUGAGAGGUGGGUUUACCAGAACACAGCAGGGUUCACUCGUUGCAGAAUUUUUUGAUGGUGUCAAGGGCUCUGCUCUAAAAUUUUUGGACAUUAGUCAUUCCUACUUUGAAAAAAAUAGUGCUAUCCUUGCGACCAGCCUUCCGAACACGCCUCUCACACAUUUGGAUCUUAGUUACUGUCUGAUUGGAAUGAAUGUUGUUGUUUUAGCUAACACUCUGAAAGAUACGCUAAUUACACACCUCAAGUUGUGCGGAAACAAAAUUGAUAAUAACGGAGCCCAAAGAUUAGGGAAGGCCUUGGGUGAAACAAAAAUUUUGGAUCUACAGAUAACUGAUAAUAUGAUCUCUGAUAAGGGAGCGGAGGCCUUGACUUGUGCUCUCAAAUCCGGCCCGCUUUAUCGAUUGAAUCUAGAAAACAAUAAAAUUACUGAUGAAGGUAUCCAAGCACUCGCAACAAUGUUAAGUGGAACGUUCAUCACUGACUUGCAAGUCUCAUCUGACCCUGACAGGAAAAUUUUACCGUUGGUAACGGUUUUAUGGGACAAUCGAACUCGAGUUCGUAAGUUGGUUCCGUUUUUCAAAUCAAUCGCUCCAAGUUCUAUCUCUGCCAAUGGCGAAGGGGACUUUACUUUCGAUUCCAUUAUUCUUCGUGAUAAUGAAGAUCUCAUAAAAUUUGUUGAAGAGGCACUGCUCUCCUACAAGUUUGUGGUCGAUGAGCCAUCCGCAAUAGGCGCUCUGGCAGAAGCUGCGCCCCAUCUAUCAAGAGAUCAAGUAGCAGUAAUGUUAAAAUUAUUCCCUCGCCAAUUUAUGUUUUUUGUCUUUGGCAAAACAAAGAAAGAGCUAGCAGUUUUCAUCGAAAUUUUGGGAAAAGCGAAAGCUUUAGAAUUGAACACUAUUGUGGAGUUCUUUUUAAGAAGUUUAGGUGCUCUGAUCGUCAAAAACAAGGAUGGAAUUGCGUAUCCCGAUGUUUACAAGCUCAUGCAGGAGCACAAAGAGGCCUUGUGCAAUUUACGUUUGAGACCUGAAGAGAAAGAGAUAGUGGCACAGUACUUCAUAGAACGUCCACCAUGCUGCGGGCUGUGUAGUAAAUCCCGCAACCUUGUAAAAACCGAUUGUUGCAAUACCUGGAUCUGUGACGACGAGUACAAAUACAAACUAGGGUCUUUCUUAAGAGUCAGUUGCAUCAGAAAUCACAGGAAGUACACUAUUUGCCAUCAUCAUUGGGAGAAUCAACAUCCGGGUAAAUGGCAAAACUGUAAGAUAUGUCGAAAGGAAUUCAACAUUGAACAUUAUGUCGACUAUGCCACGAAUGAUUAUAAUUUUACCAAGUUGAAGAAUCCCCCAAAAAUUAACGUCGUCUGCUGCAUUUGCAGAUUUCAGUCGGGCUCAUUGCAAGAUUUUGGAUGUCAAGUAACGCAAAAUGGUAGAGUAAAAUUUUAUUGUGCCAAAGCAGAGUGUCAAGGCAAAGCAUUAUUAAAUAGGGAUACUAAGAAUUCAGGUUCGUCAGACUUUUUCUCAGGUAUUCCUAUGCUCCAACCACUUCGCCAUUACAAUGAUAAAGCUAUUCACAAUGUUGAAGUAUACAAGAGUUUGGAAGGAAAAGGAGGAGGUAUUUGUUUGCAGCGUUAGUAAUACCUAAGGGUUUUCUUUGUUUUUCUCAAAUUGAGUGUUCUAGUUAACUCCCUCCAAUUCCCUGACUAAAUAUUUGUAAAGUACAACCUUUCCUAAUCUCUUUCACGGUUUGAUGUUUUCUUAUGCCUUUAGUGCCUGUAGUUGUAUCGCUUGAAAUGUGACGUUGAAUUCCUUGAAAGUCAUGCUUUAGCUUUUAAAAAUUGAAGAAUUCGAAAUUAAAAACUCAGUAUUGAUAACUCGGUAAAAUGAAUUCAUCUGAAGUGUAUGUUACAUUUAGUAUAAUAUUGUAAUUAUUUCCUAUUACUCAUGGUACUAUGUUCCAAGUAAACCCUUAACCCCUGUGAUUAAGUUAUGCUCCUUAUUGCAGCAAGUAUGUGUUCAUAAUAUGACAAGAAGAGAGAGAUUUUAGGAUUCUCUGAUGAUCGUCUCCUCUUUUUAUUUUUUUCCUAUUUAUCAAACACUUCAUUCUACUUGUUACUCGUGCUCAAUUCUUUAUUUUCAUCCCUUCUUUCAUGUAUCAUAUUUUUUUGUGAAUUAUUUUUAAGGUUUAAUAAAUUAUGACCAUUUUGCUCACUGUUGUAUCUCCAAGCGCAGUUCACAAUUCCAUGUUGAUGACAUCCUCCAAUGUCUUCUCAUUCCAUACCAUGAUUUCCUCCACCAUGGUCUUAUCAGCACUAAUAGUUAAGUGACCGCACGGAAAAAAUUAAAUUACUGAUAAAACAAUUCAAUUGCUAAAAAAAGUGCAAUGUUUCAAUAAAGAUUUCACAACACAAAAAUGCUACUUUAACCACACCUGUAGUUAAAUUGGCUUACAAUAGUGGUUAAAGUAGCAUUCUUUGUUGUGAAAUCUACGUUGAAACAUUGCAGUCACUUUUUUUAGCACUCGAAUUGUUAAAUAAGCAAUUUUAUUUUUCUCCGUGCAGAGCUUUUAUCUGUCUGCCAAUGAGGCUGCUGUAGGUGAAACCAUGGUAUGCACUGUAAUGGUGGAUGAUUUCAUCAACUUUUUUCGAUAGACCACAUCUGUGUUGAUUGCCGACUAAGAUUUUUGGACCAGUGCGAUCAUUUUCUGUUUUAUCUAUUUUGAAAUAUCUAGGUAAAGUUUCAUCUUUUGACCACGCCAUUGUCAUUAUCAAUACCAAGUAGUCUCAAUUUUAAAUACCUACAGGAAAUUUUUGUCAAAAUUAAUGAUAGAUUUCUCGUGCCUGAUGGGGAACUUGCCGGUCUUUUAAAAGUCUGGACCAACUGAGUAUGAUAUACCGCUUGACUAUGUAGAACAAUUUUAUCAGAAUCAGUCUAACAACAUUUCAUAUAGCUGAAUUUUUGUGUAUGUUUUAUUUUUCAUCAGGGAACUAAACUACCUUACAUCUUUAAACUAUUUUUGAAUUGUUCGAGAUCAUGAAGAAUAUCCACACAAAAUAUUAAUUAAUAUUCUGUUCCAAUAAUAAAACAUCAGAGAAAAUUAGGCAAUGUCUAAUGUGAACAGGCUGAUUCCAGUUGAAUCUGUUAAUUUAUCUCCUCUUUCUAAGUGUAUGAAUUUGAACUCAAGAAUAUUACAACUCUAAACUUGUGUUAAUCUUUGUAACUCUGUAAAUGUUCUUUAUUUUAGCUUGACAAUGACUGAUAGAGAACUGAUGAAGGCCUUCAAGCACUAAAAUUUGUCUUCUCUUUUUUAUUUUUAAGUGUAGUAAUGUGUUGAAGUGACGAAGUAGAAGUAAAAUUUUAAAAGAAAGUUUUUUAAUGAACAUUAUCUGUCUUAAUAAUUGUUGUUAAAGGUUUUUUUUGUCCGUCUUAUUUUACUCCUCAGUCUGGAGUUAAUUUCAACAUUUUUGUUUUCACUAUUUAAAUUCUAAUGACAAAUUUUGCAGAGAAGAUGCUUCAAAUUAUUCCUUUUUGACUGCAUUAGUAAAUUAUUUAAUAUGUGAAGUACUUUGUGAUGCCAAUUCUCUCUUCUGCGCCUUACUUUUUUCUUAUGUUCAUCAUUUUUUUGCCUUUUUUGAACUUUAUCAUUUUUGUUCUUGGGGGAGUUGUUGUAAAUUAGUUCAUAAUUCCUGUGAAUUUCUUUUUCUUUUUCCCUAUUCUUCUUUAAAAUAUUAAGUGAUACACCUUCAUUUUCUGUGUCAUGAUUUUUUCAUAUGUAAGCUCUAGACUUAUUUUACGGCGGUACUUUUAUACUCAUCAUUUUUCUCUAACAUAAUAUUUUUUGGAAUUUCGUCUGUCAAUAUUUGUUCAUUUUUUCUUUCAUGAGUUCAAUGUAAUAAAUAUUAUUUUUGCUAGUUAA